AAUAUUCUGGGGCCGCGCGGCAGUGUGUGGGGAGAAGAAAGCAGGGAAGGGGGAGAAGCAUCAGCAGCGCCGCCGCCGCCACUCUGCCGCCGCUAGAGCCCUAAACCCUAGCCAGGCCAACCAUGGCCGCCGCUACCCAGACUCUGUCAGCUCCUCCGCCCGCCGCCGCGGCCGCCCCGAAUACCGGCAAGCGCAAGAGGCAACCCAAGGGCAAUAAGAAGAAGAAGAAGCUCGUGCGCUCCGACCAGGACGACUCCUUCCGCCGCCGCCGCAACAAGCCCAGCGCCAAGUUCCUCAAGCUUCUCCGGAAGCGCGCCCGCGACUACAACUCCGACGAUGAAGAGGAAGAUGACGACGAUCAGCGGCAGGAGCACCCGCCGAAUCCACGCCGCCGCCGUGACGACGGCGACGAUGAUGAGGCCCUCUCCCACUCCGAGCCGGAGGAGGACGAGGACGAGGACGGGGAGGACGAAGAGGAGGGGGCCUCCAGCUCGGCCGUCACGAGGUUCGAGCAAGGCUGCAGGGCGUUCCGCGUCGCCUUCCUCAAGAUUAUGGCCAAGAAACUCCCCGACAAUCCCCUGGGUCCAAUCAUGUCAGCACACAAGACAUUGGUGGCCGCCAAGUUAGCCGAGGAGGUGGAGCAGCACAAGCCCAAGGGGGAGGCUCGAAAGGAGAAGCGAGUGGCAGCAGAGAAGGGCCACGUCAUACCUAAAGACCACUUGGACAGCAAAGAGAAGGAGCUCAUCAAGGUUGCAACCAAGGGGGUUGUCAGGCUUUUCAAUGCGGUGAACAAGGCACAGAAACCUCGGAAAGAUUUGAAUCCAUCAAGGACUAAAGAUGCCAAAGUUCUAGAAAAAGAAAGAAAAAACACGUUCCUCACGGAACUGGGGAUGCCAUCUCAUCAAGAUAAAAAGAGCAAGGCAUCUUCCAAUCUCUCCAAGCAUACUGGCAAAGAUGAAGAUGAACCAGCAUGGGCACCUCUUCGUGACACAUACAUGCUUGGUUCUAAACUGAAGGACUGGGACAAAAUGAAGGAUUCUUCGGCGGCCAGUGAGCAAAAAAAGGUUCCUUUAAGUGACUCUUCUGAUGAGGAAUAGGAACAUAGGUAGUCUGGUUUAGUCGAAGCAGCAUGUAUCUUGCUUUGCAUAAUGUUGUCCUCGUUGCUUGUAAAGCGUGUUGAGAUGGGUUCUGGAUAUUCAGACUAUCAAAUUCACACCUCACUCCCCUUUUCGGGAUUUUUGGCUGCAUUGCAUUUGUUCUGAAUAUAUAGUAAUAUAUGUAUCCUUUAUAUUGGCAUUAGUGAUGGAUGUGAACAAAACAGCAGGAUUAGAACUUA